AUGUUAUCCGCUCGCUUACUGCGACGUCAACUGCUGUCCGGUGCGCGUCGCCCACCCGCGACCCUGCGCAAGCUGCACGCGGCUCCUGCGGAGAAACUCUUCGAUAAGAUCCUCGUAGCCAACCGCGGCGAGAUCGCCGUGCGCGUUAUGCGGACGUGCAAAAAGCUGGGCAUCAAAACAGUGGCCGUGUACUCGGAGCCCGAUGUGAACUCGGUGGCUGUGCGCAUGGCCGACGAGGCCGUGUGCGUCGGGCCCGCGCCGUCGAGUCAGAGCUACCUGAGCAUCCCAAAGAUCGUGGAGGCCGUCAAGGCCACAGGCGCACAGGCCGUGCACCCGGGCUACGGCUUCCUAUCGGAGAAUAAAGACUUCUGUGAGGCCUUGGAGGCCAUUGGAGUAGCAUUUAUCGGUCCUGGCCACGAGGCCAUCCAGGCCAUGGGGGACAAGAUCGAGUCCAAGCAGCUGGCCAUGGACGCAGGCGUCAAUACGAUCCCGGGUUUUCUCGGGGAGAUUGACACGCCCGAUGAGGCGGUCAAAGUGGCCCACGAGAUCGGCUAUCCGGUUAUGAUCAAGGCCAGUGCCGGCGGAGGCGGCAAAGGCAUGCGCGUCGCCUACAACGAUGAGGAAGUGCGCAUGGGCUACCGUCUGUCAAAGGAGGAGGCGGCCAGCAGCUUCGGAGACGACAGAAUGUUCCUGGAGAAGUUUAUCGAAGACCCUCGUCACAUUGAGAUCCAAUUAAUCGCAGACUCGCAUGGCAACGUGGUGGCGUUGCCCGAGAGAGAGUGCUCCAUCCAACGUCGUAACCAGAAGGUGGUUGAAGAGGCUCCAAGUGUGUUACUCGACCCAGAGACGAGAUUGGCCAUGGGCAAGCAGGCCGCCAUGCUGGCCAGGAAGGUGGGUUACGUGAGUGCCGGUACAGUUGAGUUUCUGUGUGAUAAACACAAGAAUUUCUACUUUUUAGAGAUGAACACUCGUCUACAAGUGGAGCAUCCCGUGACGGAGCUGAUUUCGAAGGUGGAUCUAGUGGAACAGAUGAUCCGCGUGGCGGCCGGCCAUGAACUACCCAAGGAGCUGGUCAAGGGGCCUGUCAAGAUCCACGGCUGGGCGAUGGAGAGUCGAGUGUACGCUGAAGACCCGCUACGUGGAUUCCUACCGUCUAUCGGACGACUGUUGCAGUACGAGGAACCUGUCCACCUUCCUGGUGUACGUGUGGACUCUGGAGUGAAUGAAGGCAGCGACAUCUCCAUGUUCUACGACCCCAUGAUCUCUAAACUCAUCACGUACGGUAAAGAUCGUCCGGAAUGUCUGGAUCGCAUGAAGACGGCGCUGGACAACUACGUUAUCCGUGGGCCAGGCAACAACGUGGCCUUCCUGCAGGAUGUUUAUCGUCAUCCUCGCUUCGUGAGUGGCAAGAUCACUACGAAAUUCAUCGAGGAAGAGUAUCCGGACGGCUUUGAGGGGGUGAAGCUGACAGCGCUUGAAGUGGAAGAUCUACGCGUCGUCGGAGCCAUCAUGCACCUCAAGAAGACACGUGCUAGCAGCCAGAUCUCGGGCCGUAUCCAGUUUACGCCAGCUGAAGGUUUCGGUUCGUUCGACUUGCUUAAUGAAGACGAGUUGGAGUUUAUCUCGGACCAAGCGGGAGUUGUUCCUCGUCUACGAGCUGUCACACCCGGUUUGUCCGCCAAGGAGCUGAUUGCGCUGGCUGAACGCAACGACCUCAAAAACUUGGGAGCCCAGUUGUCUGUCAGUAUCGACGGCCCGUUCGGAGAGUCCAAGCCUGUGACUGUGGUGGAAGUUGAGGUCGAGAACAUGCGACACCGUAUCGAAACAGUGACGAUGGCUUUGGUGGACAACAAGUGGCACGUUGUGGGUCAGGUGAACUGGUCAUUGAACGGCCCAUUGUUCAAGGCUUCGUAUACAAAGCAGGAUGGAGCAGCAGACCUGCCGUUGGCGUCGCAAAUGCUGCAGACGCUGCCUGAGGGCUUCCGUCUUCAAUUCCACGGGGCUGUGCAUGAUGUGGUUGUGCGCAAUGAGCUGGAAGCGGCGUACGGCAAGCACAUGCAACCGAAACCAGAAGUCGACACGUCCAACUUGUUGCUAUGUCCGAUGCCAGGAAUGCUCAUCUCCGUGGCAGUGGAGGUCGGCCAGUCCGUGGAGCUCGGCCAAGAACUGGCCGUCGUGGAGGCCAUGAAGAUGCAGAACGUGCUUCGUUCCGAGAAGAGGGGUGUCAUUAAAAGCAUUGUGCGUACUGCAGGCGACUCCCUCAAGGUGGACGAAGUCAUUCUCGAGUAUGAGUAA